CCUCCCCCGCAGGCGCAGGCGUCCGCAGUGGGCGGGAGGACAGAGCCCUCGGAAGCGGCGCCGAGGCCAGAACGGCUGCGGGUCUCUGGCCUGGGUCAGUGACGAGCCCUGGGACCCGGUUGGGCCCGGCCUGGUGCUCCCAUCGGCAUCCAACGUGCGCCUCUCGGGAAACGACACCCGACUAGGUCCCUGCCCCUGGCUUCUGGAUGUACCCGGCAGGUGUGCGGGAGAGCGAGGCCUGGGCUUGUCGUGUGUGACCCACAGACCUCGCGGGGGAAGGUUUUCUAUCAGAUGAUCGAUCCAUCGUAAUAAUGCUGGAGUUAAGAAGUCUCCAUUCCUUUGCUUGGAAUCAGAAGACUUUUUCCCCUGCAUAUAGAGUAGGAGUAAUGUUGGUUAGAAACUGGCUGGUGUUUAAAACUGAAGAUUGUCAUGACUGUUUAACCUAAGCUCCAUGCUGAAGUAAGAUUAAUUGUCUUGGAAAUACUAAAUUGGGGUAACCCAAAUCUGUUUCUGGAACCAUGAAAAUUUUGUUGGUUUUUGACUUUGACAAUACAAUCAUAGAUGAUAAUAGCGAUACCUGGAUUGUACAAUGUGCUCCAGAGAAAAAGCUUCCUAUUGAACUACAAGAUUCUUAUGAAAAAGGAUUUUGGACAGAAUUUAUGGGCAGAGUCUUUAAGUAUUUGGGAGAUAAAGGUGUAAGAGAAGAUGAAAUGAAAAGAGCAAUGAUAUCAAUGCCUUUCACUCCAGGGAUGGUGGAACUUUUAAACUUUAUAAGAAAGAACAAGGAUAAAUUUGACUGCAUCAUUAUUUCAGAUUCAAAUUCAGUCUUCAUAGAUUGGGUUUUAGAAGCUAGCAAUGUUCAUGACGUGUUUGAUAAAGUCUUUACAAAUCCAGCAGCUUUUGACAGCGAUGGUCAUCUCACUGUGGAAAAUUAUCAUGCUCAUUCUUGCACUAGGUGCCCCCCAAAUCUUUGCAAAAAUGUAGUUUUGGUAGAAUUUGUAGGUAAACAGUUACAACGAGGAGUGAAUUAUACACGAAUUGUUUAUAUAGGUGAUGGCGGAAACGAUGUCUGUCCAGUAACCUUUUUAAAGAAAAAUGAUGUUGCCAUGCCACGGAAAGGAUAUACUUUACAGAAAACUCUUUCUAAGAUGUCUCAAAAUCUUGAGCCUAUGGAGUCUUCUGUUGUAUCUUGGUCUUCAGGUGUUGAAAUAAUUUCUCAUUUACAAUUUCUAAUAAAGGAGUAAUACGCCAA